UUUAUCUCUGUGAGGGAACGAGGCCCUUGGGCGGUUUGUGUGGUGGUGACUGUCACGUGGGAUUGCGUCACUUUGUAAGACUUUGUACUCGUUGGGGAAGGGUGUAAAUAUUGAAUUCUGCUCUUCUGUCGUUGUUCGUCGGUCUACUUCGCUCUGUCUUUGUCUCUCUGUCUUUGUCUCUCUCUCUUUGUCUGUCUAGUCUUUGUCUGUCUCUCUCAUUGUCUCCCUCUGUCUAUAAAUCAUCGCCAUGUCUUUACCUCCUCUGUCUCCCCACCUGCACUCAUCAGAUACCCACCAUGCCCUCACCCGCAUCUAUCUUCCUCGCCGCGAAGCAGGCCCGCGAGCGAUCUUCUGCCUCCGUCUCCACCCCGGACGACAGCACCAGCUCCGAAUCUCAGGAACUGCAGGACCUUACCAUGCCUGACGCGGACACUGCUGCUGCUCCCGAUACCGAGACCGAGACCGAUACCCCCCCAUCGCCCGCGACACCCGCCGCGUCCGACUCCGACCGCUUCCCGCGCGAGCAUCUCCGCCGCGCUAGCACCACCGCUGAGCAGAACCCCCCGGCCGCCGAGACACCCUCUCCGCGCCGCUCCUCCGCGCCGACGAUCCGCCUGAUCGCGACCGACGAAAGGCCUUUCACGAUGCAAUUCCAAACGUACACGCCCCCCGAUCCGUUCGCGCACCUCGAAACAGGCCAGUUCCUGCUCGAGCAGAGAAAACGCCCUAUCGUCGCAAUGCACCUUGACAUGCACGGCCGCUUCAAUCCGCUCAACACCCCGCCCUUCGCGCUCCAUUCGUUCGCGACCGCUCCAUCCCCUCUGCAGCAGCAGGUGGAGCAGGCAGCAGCAGCAGCGGCCCCUCUCACGCCCGACGACGAGAGCCUCUUCUUCACCUUUGACGACGACGUGGCAAAUGACGCGGACGUCGACACUGACAGCGACAGCGACGACGAUAGCUUGUCAUCUGCUAGCGACACCGCGUCUACGCGCACGCUGCUUGGAAGCACUUAUGGCAUCUUCUCGCCUCGCGCGCGCUCGCCUGCUCCGUUUUAGUGAUCUGCCGUCUCUUUGAUCUGGAUCUGGCUAUAUUUCCCUUUUCUUCUUCUUUUCUUUCCCGUACACAUAUAUUUUUCCCUUUUCUUCGCUUCUCGUACACGUAUAUAUCUUUUUAGCAGUAUUUUUUUUUCGGGACUUGUCUUUGGGGGGUUUUAACAAAGGCAGUUAUAUAUAUGUCCUACUUUUCUCUUUUUCUAAAUACAUUUUUCUCUCACUAUCUUUACUUCCUACUCUAAUCUCUAGCUACAACG